AUGCAAAAAGAUAUCGAACAAACCGUAGGCUUCCAUUAUGUCGAGCAACGUUCAACCAAAAAGAAUCGGAAACGACGCAAUAAUGGAAAACACAGCGCAACUCUCGAUCUAGUCACUCGAGCGCCGCUCGAUUUGAGUCAGCAUCUUGAGAACAGGAGGUCUGCGAUGGAAAAGUCUCAGUGGCUCAGCCUAUCCUCAACUUGGUUUGCUCAGUGUUUGAAUGAUCCGGGAACGCCAGGUCCACCUCGAAAAAUUACAUGCUUGGCAUUGGGCUCAUUUUCACCGGAUGCCGCUUACCAGCCCGUGUUGACCCCAGGAGUUGCAUCCUGCACUGGGAUCCAUGGCUUAAAACAAAGUCAAUUCCAAUUGGUUUUCUUGUUGGAUGUGAUCCUACCUAUCUUGUCCGCACAUCAACGGCCUGAAAAUCCGGCGAAUCCAGAACAUCAAAUCCCUUCGCCUAAUGAUAUGCCAGAAAGGUCAAAUUUGAUGGUUUCCUUCUAUGACCCCGCCUUUACCGAGAAGGAUAAGGAGAACUUGCGGAACAUGGGUCAUGUGGUGCUGGAUGCUAUUAGGAACCCAGUCUUCGCUGCGAGCAGCCUACAUUUUUUUACAUGCCGCACGCCCCCAAGACCCUCUAUGAACGUCUUGUGUGCGAAAACAGCCCGCCAGAUGAUGAAGAUAACUUAA